AUGGCGCAAGGCGACUCCGAGAGGGUGCGCGAGGCUCAGAAGCUCGCCCCAGUCAACCCCCAGAAAGCUAUCGAACUUUACAAGGAGAUUAUCUCCCAACCGCCAUCCAUAAACUCCGAGGCCGCUAUUCGGGAAUAUGAGACUGCCCUUAUCAGCCUGGGAGAGCUCUACCGCGACCAACAGAACACACACGAGCUCGUGGGUCUCGUAACCACAAGCCGGACAGUUCUGUCUUCGUUCGCCAAGGCAAAGACAGCCAAGUUGGUCCGCCAGCUCCUCGACCUUUUCGAUGCCAUCCCCAACUCCCUCGAAACCCAGAUCGCCGUCACAAAAUCUUGCAUAGAAUGGGCCACCUCCGAGAGACGAAGCUUCCUCCGACAAAACCUCGAGACCCGCCUUGUUGCCCUGUACAUGAAGAAGCAAGCGUACUAUGAUGCUCUUACACUUAUCAACGGCCUCCUCAAAGAGCUCAAGCGCAUGGACGACAAGCUUGUCCUCGUCGAAGUCCAACUCCUCGAGUCUAGAGUGUACCACGCCCUCGGCAACAUCUCCAAAGCCCGCGCCGCCCUCACCAGCGCUCGUACCUCUGCCGCCUCAGUCUACACCCCCCCUCUCCUCCAAGCCAACCUCGACAUGCAGUCCGGCAUGCUCCACGCUGAAGAUAAGGACUUUCAGACGGCAUUCUCCUACUUCAUCGAGGCCCUCGACGGCUACCACUCCCAAGACGAGGCCUCCCGCGCCCAGGCUGCGCUGCAGUACAUGCUCCUCUGCAAGAUCAUGCUCAACCUCGCCGACGACGUCAAUCAGCUCAUGACCAGUAAGCAGGCCCAGAAAUACGCCGGCAAGUCCCUCGAGGCUAUGAAGGCCAUCGCCCGCGCGCACUCUAACCGCUCACUGGAGGAGUACGAGCGUGCCCUGGGUACCUACAAGUGGGAGCUGGCGAGCGAUGGAUUUGUCCGGAACCAUCUGAGGAGGCUGUACGAUGCCAUGCUCGAGCAGAACCUUAUCAAGGUCAUCGAGCCGUUCAGCCGGGUUGAGAUUGACCACAUUGCCAAGAUGGUCAGCUUGGACAAGGAGCAGGUGGAGAGGAAGCUGUCGCAGAUGAUUCUGGACAAGGUGAUUAUUGGUGUGCUGGAUCAGGGGGCGGGUUGCUUGAUUAUUUAUGACGAGACGCAUCGGGAUGAGGCGUAUGAUGCGGCGUUGGCGACGAUUGAAAAGUUGAGCAAUGUGGUGGAUGUGCUUUACACCAACCAGGCUUCGCUUUUGGAGUAG